AUGGAGACUUUGUUCGGCGGCGACGGGUGGAACAAAGGUCGAACCCGACCGCCGGCGAAGGACCGUUUGUUGGCUAUUCUGCCGUAUUUAAUCCCUAUGAUGGGUUGCAUCGCUUUCACCAACGACGGGUUUGAGUUCUUCCCGUUAACUUUGCAGUUUCUGGACUUUUUCACGGCGCCGAUGAUGAUUUUCUACUCCAACGGGUUCAUUCCGUUUUGCACGUUUUUCGGUUUGUUCUUAGCCGUCGUGAGGAACCCGAAAGUGCCGCACUUUAUUCGAUACAACACCAUGCAAGCUAUCAUGUUGGAUAUUUGCAUCAUGCUCGCCGGUUUAAUCAUGCAAUACUUACCCCUCUUCCUCGCGGUCACCUUCUUUGGUGCUUUGGUAGAAAUCUUAGCUUUUGCCAACGGCACGUACGCUAUUUUGUACUCCGUUUGGAACGCCGUGCAAGGCUUGUACCCGGAAAUCCCAAUCAUCACCGAAGCGGUGUACGCGCAAGUCACGGAAAGUAUUCAAAACCCGGACGAUUUUGGUGAGGAUGAAGAUUAA